AUGAAAUUCGCUCCAAUAAUUUUGACAUCGUUCAUUGCCUUAGCUUCAGCAUCCCAUUCUGAAGAUAAUUUUAUGAAAUUAUUGCAAACAGCAAAAGCCUGCUCUCCAGAUUGUGAAGAUGUUGUAAAAGGAUUAGGAAGUUGCCGGUCUAAAAAAGCAGAUUUUGAUUCUGAUAAUGAUUCUGAUCACGAGUCCUUUUCCGAUUCUGAUUCAGAACACGAUAUGAGAGGUUUGUAUAAUUGUAUUUGUCACCUUGGUGACAAAUUUUUUGAUGAAUUUAGCACUUGUGUUAAAAAGUGCCCUGAUAUGGUUGGAAAUACUAGUGAUGAGGAUCUCAAACCAAAAAACUUGAAGAAAUUUUAUUGCGAUGCAGCAGACGCUAAUUCCAAUCCUGCAAGAACGUCUUUCCGUGCUGGCGGUGUUUCAAAGACAGAAUCCAAUUCUGGUUCUUCUGCUGCUUCAACGGAAGCUACAACAAAUGGAGCUCAACUUUUCGACACUUCGAUGAUUAAAUUGUUGGGAGCGGCAUUAGUUGGAUUGUUUUAA